AUGUCUGAAAUCAGAUUUAGCAAUCUCACUUGGGAUCAAGUUGUAACACUGGAUCAAGUGUUAGAUGAAGUAACUCCAAUUCAUGGAAGGGGGAAUUUCCCCACGUUGGAGGUAAAACCAAAAGAUAUCAUUCAUGUUGUGAAAGAUCAACUGAUAGAGCAAGGAAUUAUUGUUAAAGAUUCCAGAUUAAAUGGUUCCACAGCAAGUUAUAUACUUGCAAGCCACAAUGGAAUCAGCUAUAAGGAUCUGGAUAUUAUUUUUCGUGUUGAACUACCAAGUGAUCAAGAAUUUCAGGUUGUUAAAGAUGCAGUUCUAGGUUGUCUCCUGGACUUUUUACCAAAAGGUGUAAAAAAGGAAAAGAUCACCCUAAAGACCAUGAAAGAGGCUUAUGUGCAGAAGAUGGUCAAAGUUUGCAAUAAGCAUGAUCGUUGGAGUCUCAUCUCUCUUUCAAAUAACACUGGUAAGAAUGUAGAGCUAAAAUUUGUGAAUUCACUCAGACGACAAUUUGAAUUUAGUGUAGAUUCCUUUCAGAUUGUUUUGGAUCCCAUGUUAGACUUCUACAGUGACAAAAAUGCUCAGCUAACCAAAGAAUCCUAUCCUGUUGUGGUAGCUGAAAGCAUGUAUGGAGACUUCCAAGAAGCAAUGACACAUUUGCAAUACAAACUUAUAUGUACCAGAAAACCUGAAGAGAUUAGAGGUGGCGGCCUUCUGAAGUACAGCAACUUGCUGGUUCGUGACUUUAAGCCAGCUUGUGAAGCAGAAAUCAAGAUCCUGGAACGUUAUAUGUGUUCUAGGUUUUUCAUUGAUUUUCCUGAUGUAGCAGAACAGCAAAAGAAGAUUGAAUCGUACCUCUGCAACCAUUUCAUAGGAGAAGAAAAGAGCAAGUAUGACUACCUUAUGACCUUGCAUGGAGUUGUGAAUGAAAGCACUGUUUGCCUCAUGGGUCGUGAAAGAAGACAGACACUCAAUAUGAUCACCCUUAUGGCUUUAAAAGUACUUGGAGAACAGAAUAUUCUACCCAAUACAGACAAUGUAACUUGCUUUUAUCAGCCUGCUCCAUACUUUGCUGCUAAUGGAGGAUACCCUUCUUAUUAUGUAAUAUCUGGACCACCACCUGUUUUCUUUCAGCCAUACUACCCACUGCACUUUCAUGUGCCAAAUUGUACGGUUUAA